AUGGGAUCAGAAAACAAUUACGACUUUGUCAUCGUAGGAGGUGGUCCAGCCGGUUGUGCCCUGGCUGUGGGGCUUGCCAAAUCAGCCCAAAGACCUCAAGUCCUACUUCUCGAAGCGGGUGGGCGCAAUGAUGAUAAAACUUUGCGAAUAGACGGAAAGCGCUGGACGACGUUCAUGGAAGAAAACCUGAAUUGGGGUUACAAGACCACACCUCAGGAACAUUGCAAUGGGCGCGAGCUAGACUACUCCCGUGGAAAGGGUCUGGGAGGUAGCUCGGCAAUCAACUUCGGGGUGUAUAGUGUGGGCGCGCGGGACGACUACAAUGAGUGGGCAUCUGGGGUGGACGACGAUACCUUCGGAUGGAAGGAGAUGCAGACCCGCUUCAAGAAUUUGGAGACCUUCAACGCCGGUGUCACACUUGCGGAGAACAAGAAAUACGCCAAUUCGGUUGCUUCCGAUCACGGCAAUUCGGGUGCCCUGCGCGUCGGGUACGCAGAGGAUUGGGAAAGGGACUUAUCGCUUGCGCUGGAUGCAUUCGAAGCGGCUGGACACAAGCUCAACUUGGAUCACAACUCUGGCAAUCCACUCGGCAUGGCCGCCACUAUCAACUCCGCUUACAAGGGAAAGCGUACCACGGCUGCUGACUUGCUUUCGGGUGCUCCUGAUAAUCUUGUGGUUGUCACAGACAGCCCAGUACGGAGGAUCUUGUUGCAGGGCAAGAAGGCUGUUGGAUUCGCUUCUCGGGAUGUGAUUCUCUCCGCAGGCUCACUCGACACCCCGAAGAUCCUGAUGCAUUCUGGAAUCGGACCAGCUGCAGACCUUAAGAAAUUCAACGUUCCAGUAGUGAACGAUCUCCCCGCUAUUGGCCAGGGUCUCCGAGACCACUACUUUGUUCCUCUAAUUCUGGCCCGUAAACCUGAGACGAACGAUCGCAAUUCAUUCUUCCAAGAUCCCGCCGCCAUGGAGACUGCAAUGAGACAGUGGGAAGAUGACAACACCGGCUUGUGGACGCGAUACGGCUGCCAGGUCGGCAGUGGCUGGUUCAAAUCAGACCGCAUCACCUCCUCGCCCGAAUUCAAAGCACUCCCAGCAUCCGUGCAAGAAUUUAUGAACCGCGAAACCGUCCCCCACUACGAGAUGGCCAGCCACCUACCCUUCCAUUUAUUGAUGCCCGAUAUGUUUAAAGAUUACAGCUAUCUUGGUCUCGCGGCAUUCAUGAUGAACGAACAAUCCCGCGGCGAAGUGCGCCUGCAAUCCUCCGACCCAGAAGUUCCGCUGCUAUUCAACCCGCGAUUUCUCGAGGAUCCCUUCGAUCGUCGCGCCUGUAUCGAGAUCUAUCGACACCUGUUGGAAGUUAGUAGACAGGAGUGCUUUGCGAAGGACACUAUCUCCACGCUCAUCGGGCCCGCGUCUGAUUCCGACGAGGACAUUCUCCAGUUCUGGAAGAACUUCCUCUCUUCUAGCUGGCACAUGACCGGCACAGUGAAGAUGGGCAAGCUUGAUGCCGGUGACGCUGCUGUUGACACGCAUUUCCGCGUGCAGGGCAUGGAGAAACUCCGCGUUGCUGAUAUGAGUGUUGUUCCUGUUCUCACUAACAAUCACACACAGGCUACUGCUUACGUGACUGGUGUUACUUGUGCUGAGGUUCUUAUAAAGGAAUAUGGCCUUGAUAAACAGUAA